AUGCCUAACAAGCCUGAUCAAACAAUGGAGGAUCUCCUUGAUCUCACAAGUAAGUUGAAGGUGGUGGAUGAGGAUGGAUGGGAAGUUUGCGAAGACAGAGAGAUGGAGGUGGGCAAAUCUUGUCUGAUGGGGAGAUUUUGCUCCAACAAGAAUGUCAAUCGGUCCCUCAUUCGAACCAUUCUGGGACGGGUUUGGAGACUUGAGGAAGUCGAUUGGGGAGUUAAGAUUAAAAGAAUCACAACAGAGGCCACUUUCAUGGUGUUCUCAUUCAAGAAAGAGAAUGACCUAAAUCAGAUUAUAGAUAAGUCCCCUUGGCUUCUGAAUAACGGGAUUUUACUCUUACAGAGAUUCUCCAAGAUUCCAAUUAAUUGGGAAGGAGAGCUGACUCGUUUUCCCCUUUCGGGGAGAGUCCUUAAUCUUCCUACGAAGUCCAUUUCCAAGAACAACAUGAUGAGAUUAGCUGGUAUGGCAGGGGAGGUUAUAGACAUUCAGAAAGAAGAUGUAAUGAAGAUUGCGUCCAAUGAAUACUUCUGGUUCAAGGUAUGGAUUUCAAUUGAAAAACCCAUUUGCCCAGGAUUUCUCUUCCCCUGUUCUGGGAAUCGUGUUUGGCUUCCGUUCAGGUAUGAAAGACUACCGUAUAUGUGUUUCAACUGUGGGCGUGUGGGUCAUGAUCACCGGUCGUGUCCGAAGAAUCCUAAACAAAUAGACUUAGGGGAUGGAAAGAAAGCAGCUGCAUAUGGGGCGUGGUUGAAAUUUGAAGAGAAACCUUCCAGGGGUAAAGAAAGGAUCUCUAACAGGAAUGACAAUGGAAGCAGAUUGGAACAAUACAAGAACUCGGACCAAGCAAUUGACAGUCUGAAAGCAGAGGAAAGAAUGAAGGUGAAUUCGACGGAAUAUAUGAUCUUGAAUUCUGAUAAUAGUCGAGGAAAGAUGCCAGAAAGAUUGCCUAGAAUUAACAAUCGGAAUUCAACCAUUAAUCAGGUCCCUACUCCUAACUCUUUGUUGUAUACUGGGAAUAGGGAUCUGAACAUUAAAGGCAAAGAUAAACUAAUGGAAACACAAACACCGGGUGAUGGAGGAGUGGUGAAUAAAAAAAGAUCGGGUAAUUGA